CUUUCACGUCAAUUUGAUUUGAUUUGAUUUAUGAAUUGGUAUAGUUUUUCAAAUUUUCUUCAACACACUUAGCAUGAACUCUUAUCUUUCUCAUCACAAUUAACUUAUGAUAAAUAUGUGUUCUGAAACUUGUCCCAAGAACCAAAGGUCUACAAGCUAAACUGGAAAUGGCCGAAAGAAAUAAUCAGAUUGAACAAACAAUAAAAUGACAAAUAUAACCAAAAGAUUCAUAUCAACUUUAUCAUCAACAUCGCCCUUCACAGAAAUUUACAACACAAUCAAACAAUCAAUUCUAAAUAGAAAAUACAAUCAAGCCCUCGAACUUUACACUGCAAAAAUUCACUCCCAUGCAAGUAAUACCACUUUCCUUCUUCCUUCAAUCAUCAAAUCUUGUGCUCAUACACAAACCCACCAAUUAUUAGGCCAUCAGCUUCAUUGUUAUGUCAUAAAAAGUGGGUAUUCUUCAGAAUCCGCAAUAUCCAAUUGUUUUAUAUCAAUGUAUGCAAAAUUUGGCAAAAUAGAAGAUGCAUUCCAACUGUUUGAUAAAAUGCCGCAAAGAGAUACCAUCUCUUGGAAUUCAAUGAUAAGUUGUUAUUAUUCAAAUGGGUAUUUAUUAGAAUCAUUGGAGUUGUUUAAGGAGAUGUAUAUAGAGAAUUUUGUGCCAAAACCUGAGUUAAUCGCGAGCGUUCUUUCUGCUUGUGUUCAAACCAAGAAUUUGAGACUAGGAAGAGCUAUUCAUGGUCUUACAAUAGUUGAUGAAAAAAUAGAAAGUUCGGUUUUUUUGACAACUGCAUUGGUAGACUUUUAUUGGAAAUGUUGUGAGCCAGAUUUGGCUUUUCGUGUUUUUCGGGGUAUGGAAGUGAAAAAUGAGGUGUCCUGGACUGCCAUGGUAUCUGGAUGCAUAGCUGAGGAGAUGUAUGCGAAAGCAAUUGAAUUAUUUCGCGUAAUGCAGCUGGAAAAUGUUAAACCAAAUAGAGUUACAUUGACUAGUAUAUUACCAGCUUGUGCUCAUUUGGGUGCUUUAAAGUAUGGAAAACAGAUUCAUGGAUAUGCAUUUCGCUAUGGGUUUGACUUGGAUUCUAAAUUUUCGUCUGCUAUUGUACACAUGUACUCUGAAUGUGGGGAAGCAUUGCGGGCUGUGAAGAGUAUAUUCGAUCGGUCAACUAAGAAAGAUGUGGUAAUGUGGACUGCUAUCAUAACGUGCUAUUCACGAAACAAAUCUAGUUGUCGAGAAGCUAUAAGGCUUUUCAAUGAGAUGCAGUUGACUGGAACUCAACCAAAUGAUGUUACUUUAUUGGCAGUAGUUUCUGCCUGUACUAAUCUAUUAUCAGUAUGCCAUGGACGAGGAACGCAUGGCUAUGCGUUUAGAAGUGGUCUUAGUUCACAUUUGUUCAUUGGUAACUCCCUCAUAAAUAUGUACUCAAAAUGUGGUUUUCUCAAGGACUCUGCUCAAGUUUUCGAGGAGAUGUCUAUAAGAGAUUCUGCAUCAUGGAGUGCAUUAAUCAGUGCUUACGGGACUCAUGGUUCUGGAGAUAAGGCCUUGGAACUUUUUCAUGAAAUGAAAGGGAGGGGGAUAAAGACUGAUUCCAUUGCCUUACUUGCAGUUUUAUCAGCAUGUAAUCACUGUGGUCUGUUUGAGGAGGGAAAGAAGCUCUUUGAUGAAGCGUUAAAGGAUAAAAGUUUCUCAAUUACUGUGGAGCUCUAUGCUUGUUACAUUGAUCUCCUGGGAAGGGCAGGUAAGCUAGAAGAUGCCAGUGAGGUCAUUAGCAGAAUGCCUAUGAAACCUAGCGACAGAAUUUGGAGUUCCCUGAUUUCUUCUUGUAAAUUACAUGGAAGACUGGAAGUUGCAGAACGUUUGGCUCAUAGACUUACCAAAUCUGAACCCGAAAAUGCUGCUAAUUAUGCUUUGUUAAGCUUGGUAUAUGCUGAAUCUGAAAACUGGCCCGGAGUGGAAGAUGUAAGGCGCGACAUGAAAGAAAGAAAACUGAGAAAAAGCUACGGAUUCAGCAGAAUUGAGCUAGAUGACUAGAUUUUGUAA